AUGCGAUUUCAACUUUUAUAUUAUUCAUCUAAUAGUUUUUUCUUUCAAAUUAUUGAAAUCGAGCGUAGUCUUGCCACUCAAAUGAUGAUGUUGACCAAACGAUUAUCUUCAUCCUCCUCGUAUACCGAUGAACAUAAUCGUGAAAGAUAUUCAAAGCGAUUCUGUUCUGGAGAUACACCAUCAGCAUCCAUAAUAUCAGAAAAUAUGAAAGAACAUGAACAUCAACAAAAAUCGAAAAAUAGAAGAUUAUCUAAUUUUAUACCAGUGAAAAUUGAACCAACAGCAACAACAACAGCGACAAAGCAAGGAUCAUUUCCGUUCAACAAUGGUGUUGUUCCUACAACAUCCUGGACACUAACCAAUGGUAUUAAUAGUUCAGAUAUAGAUGAUAAAAAAUCGUCAUCAACAUUACUAACAACUGGUUUGACAACAAAAUCAAAACAAUAUUUACUAACAAAAAAACAUUUAGAAUUGCGACGACUACAAAAAGAAUUACAAUGUCAUGAAGCAAUGUUAACGCUUAUGCAAAAAUUAAAAAUAAAUCAAAAACUUGUGAAUAAUGAACAUAUCCACUUGCAGCAACGAACAACAAAUAAUAAUACGGUUUCAUCAUCAUCAAAUAUCCAACACUUAAAACGUCCAAUUACCAAUAAUAGUAAUACCAGUUCAAAUUCAAUUAAUAAACAAUCGACAUUACAACAAAAACAACCAUUAUCAUCAAGUGAAGCAUCCACCACAAAAUUAAAUAAUGAACAACUGUCUAGUAAACAAUUAGGUGCUAGUAAAAUACCACAACAACAACAACAACAACAGCAACAGCUCCACAAUCGUCCUUCUAUGCAACCAUCGAGUAAACCUUCCCAUCCAAAUCAAUACACAGUGAACCGUUCAAACCAUCAACAAAAAUCUUCUUCAAUGCCACAACAAGCAACUCGUAUCUCAUCAACAAUACCAUCACAAAUGUCAAAUAAUACCUCACAAGCAUUUUCAAGAAAUUCUCUAACAUCAAAUCAAAAAAGUUCGACUUCGGCUGAACAACAUUUGUUGAAUGCAAAAUUAGCAUUGCGAAAACAAUUAGAACAAACAUUAUUACAAAUUCCAACCCCCAAACCAUCAACAAGCGAUCUGAGUUUCAUCCCAGGGGUCAAUGGUUGGUCUGAGUUUCUUGCUAUAAUCGGUGCCGAACAAGCACUUCAAACAUAUAACGAUAGUCUAUUUCGUCGUCCACUAUUACAGCAAUCAUCGCCGGGAGAUAGUUCAACAAUACCAACAACUAAAACUUUUAUGCCUUUUGUCUGCUCUCAGUGUAAUACAGAUUGGUCUGUAACAUGGCAUACCGAUGAACGUAAUCAAACAGACGAGAAUGCGACGAAUAAUAAUGUAUUAUGUGAUCGUUGUAUGAAAACAAAUCAAAAGAAAUUAUUAAAACAAGAUCAUUCGAAUCGUUUGCGGCAAGCGUUUAUCAAAGCAUUACAACAAGAAAAAGAUCUCGAAGCUAAAUUUCAAAACACAGUAAACAUCCCACAAUCAUCAUCUUCGUCCCCGGUUUCACAUACAUCGACAACUCCCUCCACGGCCCAACCAUCAAAUCAUAAACAUAGCAAUCAUUUAUCAAAAACAUCAGCGAAACAACAACAACAUUCAACGAAAAUGAAUCAAAAUCACAAUUUUUCAAGUACAAAAUCGAAUACAACGCCGCCUUUAUCACAAUUAAAAACAUCGUCGUCGUCGAAUUUAAGAAAUAAUACAUCGUCACCACCGACUAAUUCUUUGUCACAAGCAACGAAAUUAUUAUCGUCUACUGUUUCGGGUACUACAACAGCUGCUGCUGCGCUAGCAGCGGCUCUUAAUACGACGAAUGUUUCUGCUGAACAAUUAAAAAUGUUUCAGAAACAUUUUUUAUCGAACAUGCUACCGUUUGCAGGUGGAACCAUAUCACCAUCAACUCUAGCUCAGAUACCUGGUUUAGCAUCGAUGAGACAAAAUCCUGCACUCACCAAUUAUUUAUUAGAUAUGUGA